AGGUGUGGUAUUUUGAACACUGCCCUAGAUGUGGAGACAAUUUUUAAAAAGUAAAAACUGUUAUAAUUACAAAAGCAUUAGCUAUUGUAGAGAAGGCAGUAAAUAAAGCUAAGCAAAAAUAAGGAGGGAAACAUCAUAAUCAUUGCAUAUUCCUGCAGACCUCCAAAAAUUAUUUUUGAAAAAAUGGAUAUAUACUGUUUUGUAGGUGGAUAUACCUCCUAACAAAUAGUCCCAACAUCUUUGCACAUUAAUAUUCACCUAUAAAAUCCUUUUAAUUGGCUGCAUGACAUGUGGAUGUGUCACAAAAUACAUAAUUUCCUGAUGUUGGGCAUUUUUGUUCUACUUUACUCAUUAUUAUAAAUAACUGUGGGAAGUACAGUAAUAACUUUGAGGCUACAGUAAUUCCUUAAUUCUUUCCUAGGAUUCCAGUAGAACAUGGUGUCUUUUCUCCGACAACACGCAAAUAUUUGGGCAUUCCCAAAGAAAAAUUAUCUUUUGAUGGGCAAAAACACUAUCUCAUCGCGCUAUUAGUAGGUCCUUGACUAUCUGCCAGUCACUGUGGUUCCGACAGUGGUGAGUCUACCCCGGCGAACAGCUACCCGGGCACCGCCCACCAUCUGACCUCCGCCAAGGUGACGCGGCGCAAGGUGAACCGGCUGGAGCCGGCUUGGACGGGACGCGUGCGUGCGACCGCGCAUGUGCAUACGUGCGUGUGCGUGCGCGCGUGCGCCCGAGAGCGCCAUCGCCGAGCAGCCGUGGCCGCGCGUUCUGCGCUAGCCCUGCUACAGGAAUGUGUUUCUGAUCGUCAGAGUCUCAACCAUGUUGUCAAACUGCUUGCAGAAUUUCCUGAAAAUUACAAGCACUCAUCUUGUAUAUUCAAGAUUAUGCCAGCGGUUAACAAGAAGUAAAAGGAGGUUUUUUGGAACUGUGCCAACAUCUAAAUUGCGUAGGCGGGUUGUCAUCACAGGCAUUGGCUUAGUGACUCCUCUUGGUGUUGGAACACACCUGGUAUGGGAUCGUCUUAUCCAAGGAGAGAGUGGAAUUGUUUCAGUGGUUGGUGAAGAGUAUAAGAGUAUCCCUUGCAGGGUUGCUGGUUUUGUGCCAAGAGGUUGUGAUGAAGGUCAAUUCAAUGAACAAAACUUUGUGUCCAAAUCAGAUAUCAAGUCCAUGUCUUCUCCCACCAUCAUGGCCAUUGGGGCUACAGAAUUAGCCAUGAAAGAUUCUGGCUGGCAUCCUCAUUCCGAAGCUGAUCAAGCAGCCGCUGGUGUUGCAAUUGGCAUGGGAAUGAUUCCUCUUGAAGUUGUUUCUGAAACUGCUUUGAUGUUUCAGACAAAAGGUUACAAUAAAGUUAGCCCAUUCUUUGUUCCUAAGAUUCUGGUCAAUAUGGCAGCAGGCCACGUCAGUAUUCGAUAUAAACUCAAAGGCCCCAAUCAUGCAGUAUCCACAGCCUGUACCACAGGAGCUCAUGCUGUGGGAGAUUCUUAUAGAUUUAUAGCCCAUGGUGAUGCUGAUGUGAUGGUGGCUGGAGGUACAGAUUCUUGCAUUAGCCCUUUAUCUCUUGCUGGGUUUUCCAGAGCCCGGGCUCUGAGCACAAACUCAGAUCCUAAGUUGGCAUGUCGACCGUUUCAUCCAAAGAGAGAUGGUUUUGUAAUGGGAGAAGGCGCAGCUGUGCUGGUGCUGGAAGAACAUGAACAUGCUGUUCAAAGAGGGGCACGAAUUUAUGCAGAAAUUUUGGGCUAUGGACUCUCAGGUGAUGCUGGUCACAUAACUGCCCCCGAUCCUGAAGGAGAAGGUGCCUUAAGAUGUAUGGCUGCUGCUGUAAAAGAUGCAGGUGUACAACCUGAAGAGAUAUCUUACAUCAACGCACAUGCUACUUCCACACCAUUGGGGGAUGCUGCUGAAAACAAAGCUAUCAAACAUCUCUUCAAAGACCAUGCAUAUGCCCUUGCAGUUUCCUCAACUAAGGGAGCCACAGGACAUCUGCUGGGAGCUGCAGGGGCAGUCGAGGCAGCUUUUACCACACUAGCUUGUUAUUAUCGAAAACUACCACCUACUUUAAACCUGGAUUGUACAGAACUAGAAUUUGAUCUCAAUUAUGUUCCACUAAAGGCACAGGAAUGGAAAACUGAGAAAAGAUGUAUUGGACUCACCAAUUCCUUUGGUUUUGGUGGUACUAAUGCAACACUUUGUAUUGCUAGUGUGUAGGACAAAUCAUUUGUAAUUAAAUAUAUUGAUUUUUUAAAUGUU